GAAAAUCAAACAAAACAUACAUAGAGAGAGAGAGAGAAUGGCAUAUCGUGCUACUGCAUCAACCAAGAAACUAGUUUCCUCUUCGGAUGAGACGGCUCUAAGAAAGAAAGUUCUAGAACUUCAUGCUAAUGACGUCAUCGAGUUCGAUGACGAAUCUCUUCUUGCCUCAAUCGAAGGUAUCCUCAAUCAUGUCAUGCCGGGAGACGACGCCCCUCGUGAUGAUCAGGGUCUGACAGACGAGGCCGGCAAGCUCCGGAGAAUCAUAGCCCCACCGGGGCCCGACGGCCUUCUCGACACCUUACCCUAUCUGUUACAUCAGAUCACCUGUGUGUUGAAUUGCAAGUGCUCGGGCGGGGAUGGCCAUGCCUCAGCACUGGAAAUUCUGCAACUGCUUGAACACUACAAAUGGGAGGCUAAAAUCGUGAUAAUUUUAGCAUCUUUUGUAGUCGAAUACGGCCAAUACAACCUCGUGGCGAGGCUCUACAAGAGCGAUCCGCUCGCGAAAUUAGUCGCGAUGCUCAAGCAAAUACCCGACGAGAGUGAUGAGAUUUUUGCAUCGAUGAAAUCCAAAUUCGAGACUAUUAUAAACCUAGUGAAAGUGUCGAUUGAGGUGACGAGGUUCAUUGCUAAAUUUGGUUGCUUUCCAUCAAAAUACAUAUCAAAUGAUGCAGAACCGAUGGUUAUGGCAUCGAAUCAAAUCCCAAUUGCUGUGUAUUGGAUGACAAGAGUCGUCGUCGCCUGCGCAUCUGAGUAUGCAGAAAUUGUUGGCAAGAGUGAAGUAACAAGUUCAUACACAGAAACAUGGAGCGUUACCACCUUGCAUCAGAAGAUCACUACAAUACAAACCUCAUUCCAGACACAUUAUGAUGCCUGCAGCAUACACAUAGCGGAGAAGAAACAAAUCAGAUACGUUGAGAAACUAAAGACAAUGUUUGGUCAGACAACAGUCUACAUUGACAACCAGAAAAUAUUACAGACUAUUAUGAAAAAGAAAGAUGGCUUGCAUCCUCUUUCAUGUGGCCCUCAAGUAGAAACAAAGAUAAGUGUGGAAGCUCUCAAAGGGAAAACAGUGCUGCUACUAAUCUCAGAUCUCGAAAUCUCCAUUGAAGAAAUCAACCAAAUCAAAUAUUUCUACAAAGAGAGAAAGAAAUCAGAGUGCCACUACGAGAUCGUGUGGCUCCCGAUUGUCGAAAAGAUCGAAGAAACCAAAGAAUUUGAUGAUAGAGUUGUGGAGUUGAAGUGCAGCAUGCCGUGGCACUCUUUGGAGCAUCCGAGGUUGAUCAAACAAGGGUUCGUGAAGUACGUGAGAGAGGAGUGGCGCUACUCGAAGAAGUCGAUAAUGGUGUCGAUAGAUCAACGUGGCAAAGUGGCUCAUCAAAAUGCUUUGCACAUGAUGUGGACAUGGGGUAAUGCAGUCUACCCCUUCACCCACAGGCGCGAGGCAGAGCUAUGGAGUCGCAAGGAGUGGAGCCUCAAGCUGCUGGUUGAAGAGACUAAUGAACAAAUGACUACUUGGAUAAAAGACAACAAGUUUAUCUGCGUGUUUGGCGGCGACGACUAUGCAUGGAUAGAAGAAUUUCUGAAAGCGGCAAGCGACGCGGCGAGCGCGACGAAAACGAAGCUAGAGAUGGUCUACAUAUACAAGAAGAACACGACACAGGAGCACAUCACAAGAAUCACCGAGAUUCUCUCGAAACGCAGCGUUUUAAUCUGGGAGAAAGCCGCAUCGACUUACUUCUGGAAGAGAAUGGAGUGCAUGCUCUACUCGAAGGUCCACCACGGCGCCAAGAUCACGACGGCGAAGGAGCCCGGCGACGCCAUCCUCACGGAGGUGAUCAGCAUGCUCACUCUCGGCGACCACGACAAGGGCUGGGGCCUGGUCAGCCACGGCGCCGGGGCCGGGGCCAAGAUGAUCGCCAAGGCCAAGGGCGACGUCAUGGUUAAGGCGUUGGGGGAGUUCGAGUCGUGGAGCGGGGCGGUGAGGGAGAAGGGCUUCGCCACCGCGCUCCACGAGCAUUUGGCCGGCCGGGUGGUGGAGAAGCAUCACUGCAACCGGCUUACGCUGCCGGGGAUCGAGGACAUCGGCGGCACCAUGAUCUGCGCCGAGUGCCAGAGGCCCAUGGAGAAGUAUAUCAUGUACCGUUGCUGCGUUGAGUGAUAUAUGGAGAAGAUCGAUCGUCUUUGUUUUUAUUAAUUGGAUGUGUGUUGUUUUAUGUCGAACUAGGGUUUGUUUCUAUGAUUGUGGUAAUAAAGACUGAUUGGAUCAGUCUAGUUCAGUUAUUGUUGUUUUGAGUUUGUAAUUUUUUGUAACGGCCGGGAUUGUCAUCUUGUUGAGAUGAAUUAAUGGGAGUGUAUGGAGUUUGGGUCUA